GAAUGAUUGCGACUAUCAGUCUGAAGCUCACCGCCUGACUGGGGAGGUGAAAGUUUCGCCACAGGAAGAUAAACCGCAAAAGACAAUAUUGUACAUGAUUUGCGUGUGCAUCCGAUGAGAAGUAGUGUGGGGGAAAAUUCCACUCUUGUUUUAGGUAAAUAGAAAACCGGUGGAUUGGAGUUUGCACAGCUCAGUAACGUCAGAGAGAAAUUUUUUAGCAGGCAGAGAGAAAGUGAGAGAGGUGUAGGGGUGAGAGAAUAUCUGUUCGUGAUUUGUUAUUUCUGGUCUCAGUCGCCUCAUUGCGUUGUAGACAGACGGAAGAUGCUUCUGGAUGCAGGACCCCAGUACCCCACCAUAGGAGUCACUACGUUCGGCUCCUCACGGCAUCACUCAACAGGCGAAGUCACAGAAAGAGAAGUGGCUUUGGGGAUAAAUCCGUUCGCAGACGGGAUGGGAGCUUUUAAAAUCAACCACAGCUCCCACGACCUGGGAUCCGGCCAGACGGCUUUCUCCUCCCAGGCUCCCGGCUACGCUGCUGCCGCCCUUGGUCACCACCACCACCCGACACACGUCAGCUCCUACUCCACCGCAGCCUUCAACUCCACCCGGGACUUUCUCUUCAGAAACCGGGGUUUCGGGGACGCCACCAGCGCGCAGCACAGCCUGUUCGCCUCGGCAGCGGGAAGUUUUGCAGGGCCACAUGGACACUCCGAUGCCGCGGGGCACCUGCUCUUCCCGGGACUCCACGAGCAAGCCGCAAGCCAUGCAUCAUCUAAUGUCGUCAACAGCCAGAUGCGCCUUGGCUUUACCGGUGACAUGUACGGCCGGGCUGACCAGUACGGCCACGUUACGAGCCCCCGCUCCGACCACUACGCCUCCACACAGCUGCAUGGCUAUGGCCCUAUGAACAUGAACAUGGCGGCUCACCAUGGGGCAGGGGCCUUCUUCCGAUACAUGAGGCAGCCCAUAAAACAAGAGCUCAUCUGUAAGUGGGUCGAGCCCGAACAGUUGUCGAACCCCAAAAAGGCUUGCAACAAAACUUUCAGCACGAUGCACGAGCUCGUUACCCACCUGACCGUGGAGCAUGUGGGGGGACCUGAGCAGUCGAACCAUAUUUGCUUUUGGGAAGAGUGCGUCCGAGAAGGAAAACCUUUCAAAGCCAAAUACAAACUUGUAAAUCAUAUCAGAGUGCACACCGGAGAGAAACCAUUCCCAUGUCCCUUCCCCGGCUGUGGAAAAGUGUUUGCCCGAUCAGGAAAACUUAAAGAUCCACAAAAGGACACACACUGGUAAGAAAUGUAACAUGUUUUUUUUUUUUUCAGACUCAAAAGCACGAUCGCAAUUUCCGCUCCAAAAGCUAAACCUGUUAUUUGUGUCAGACAUAUUUCCCAGACUAAUAAAGCUACAGUGGCGUAUCAACUUGAAGGUCUUGUUGAUGUUUUUUCGCAAAUAUUUGUUUGCAAUAAUAUUGAAUGCAUUUAUUAAAUACGGUUUAACUUUAUUGUUGGUAUUUCGAAACUAUCAAAUGAGUAUAAUGCAAUAGGUUUGUGAAAUAUGUGACGUGCUGUUGCGCAUUGUUUAUCUUAGUGGUACAAGCAAACAUGCGAUCACAACAAAUUGUCUAAAUAUAUAGGCCUACACACAUUAAAAACUAUCAUAAAUACUGAAAAUAAGGUUAUCUUAUAUAAUGUGCUUGCAACUGAAACUCUGAAAUGAUGAUGUUAAACGAAAAUGUAUUAUGGUUCAUAUUUUCCCUUUGUAAAAUGUUUAUUUUGUGUACAUUUUUUUUUUUUAGGUGAAAAACCUUUCAAGUGUGAGUUUGAGGGCUGCGACAGACGUUUUGCGAACAGCAGCGACCGGAAGAAACACAUGCACGUCCAUACGUCUGACAAGCCAUAUCUGUGCAAGCAGUGCGACAAGUCAUACACACAUCCCAGCUCUCUGCGAAAACACAUGAAGGUACAUAUUAAGUUACACUUUUAUUUGAAUCCUCAGUUACUUUAAUUGUUCUGUAUAUUUUGCAUGCUGUACAUAAGCCCGUACAUUGAUACAUUGGAUAUUUUUGAGAAAGAAAAUGCUAUGUAUACAUUCCAGCAAAUAUGAACACAGCAGGAACAUAUGCAGCGAAUGUAAAUAGUUGUUGUGUUUUCAUGAAGCCUUUCAUGCUAUAUUCAUAUGCAAAAGAUUGCAUCAUGCAUUUUAAUUUACGAGCUUGGUUUAUUUAUUCAAAAUGGAUUAUCAUUAACGUAUAUAAUCAGCCUAUUUAUUUUUUUCUUCUCACUGUGGAUAAUUGAAUUGGAAGCCCGUAUAUUUCCAUAAAGCAUGGCAGCCUAUGAAUUGUACACAGGCACAUUGUAAAAUGUAAAACGUCCUGUUUUAAAACAUAUUUUUCGCUCUAUCUCGCAGGUUCACGAGGCUACCACGCAAGGACCCCAACCGUCACCAGCGGCCAGUUCCGGGUACGAGUCGUCCACGCCGCCCACCAUCGUGUCCCCGUCCACGGAGAAUCAAACUUCCAGUUCCAUAUCGCCGGCAUCCUCUACAGUGCACCACACGACCAGUCACCACACCACGCUGUCGUCAAAUUUUAAUGAAUGGUACGUGUAAAAUAUUUUCACAAAGACUGCAGAAAUAGGACUGCUUGGAAUCAAAGACUUUUGAAAGUCAGUCUAUAAUGCGUGGACAGAGAAAAACACGAGGAAGACAAAAUGGUUGUUUCAAGGCUAAAGAGAGAGAGACAGAGAGACAGAGCGAUGCAUGGACAAGGUGCACAGCCAGCUACCAAGUUAAAGUUUUUUUGUCAUUUCCCCCGGCUCCUUUUUGAAAGACUGCACGCAAGAGAUCUCAAUGCAUGCUAUCUGCCGUUCGGGGCCUGAAUUUUUUUUUUUUUUGUACAUAAAGAUUCACAGUCCAAACAUGUAAUAUUUUAUUUUGUAAAUAGUUAUAUGACAGUAUUAAGGACAUUUGUGAAAAUGUGGUCCCUAGAUAUAUGGAAAAUGAGAUGGUUUUAACAAUAAUAUUGCGAUGGCUAGUGUUGAUUGAACAGAAUGUUGUAGUUGAUGUGUACCAAUGUGAAUUACUCAGUAUAUCUUCCGUCUCCACUAUGUCGACCUUACCGACUAUUAGUCUAUUAAUGUGCUUUUGUAUUUGGUGCAACAUUUCGUCUACGGUCCAGUUGGAGUAGCGCAGUACUUACCAUUGUUGUUAUUUAAUGUCAUGUCGAUAAAUCGUGUAGUGAAAGCCUGAAACUCCGUGUCAAUCUGUUUAUGUACGUGAUAAAAGAUAAAACGAUUUGUCCAUUACCUUGAUAAUGUCAAGACAGUAUUACCUACAUGUAUAUAGCUCCAUUUUCCAUAUUUAUCCGCAUGAAAAGGGGAGCACGUGUUAGAAAUGAUCGGUAUUUAUGGAGAAAUGCGCUCUUAUGUAGAAUUUAGUCUACAAUAAUGUUUGGUUACAUUUCGUACUAUAUUAAAGCAUAAAAAAUACAACCAAC